GCUAAGAGAGACGCCUAAGCGGAUGCUCUUUGUUUGUAAUGCAGUGGUCUGCUUCAGGACAGAUAUGCAGUGCUGACCAGCAAACAUCCUCUGGUUGCUUAGUCACUCCAUCACUAGGAAUGCAGCUUUAUAUAGACCAUAACUUCACAAGAGCAAAUCUGUCAUACAUGGAGCAUCAAGUGGAUUCCUAUGGCUUCUCCUUUGCCUCCUGUUUAUCACGGGUUCUGCUCUAUUGUCUUGCAGGCCUAACUACCAUGACCUUCUCAGCACAGGGAACAGAGCUGUUUGACAAGCCUGUCCUGACAGUCCACCCCAGAACAUCUUUGUUAGAAGGUGACACUGUGAUCCUAAUAUGUCAGUCUAACACCAACAUAACAGACAUACAGCUUCAAUACAGAUUCUACAAAAAUGAGAAAUAUCUGAGUCAUGGAGAUUCAGAGAGUCAGUUAAAAACAUUGAAACUUCAGAAGGCUGACACCGGGAGUUACUGGUGUGAGGUGGAAGCCAAAGGAAAUUGGAUAGAGAAGAAAGCAAGUGACCAUGUGUUUGUGGUUGUGCAAGGGAAGUUAGCACUGAAACGGAGGAACACGUGGGAACCUGUGUAUGUUGGAAACACUGUGAUCCUUGAGUGUGGCGUAGACGGAGAUUGCUCUGACUCUAAGUAUCUCUGGUUCAAGUGGUGUCCGGCGGGCUCGAGUAAACAGCUUGAAGGAGUCACCGGAUGCAGCUACACGAUCCACUCUGCAGCACUCUCUGACAGCGGAGAAUACUGGUGUUAUUCCUCCAGAGAGGAUCCGCCAUACAGCAAUGGUGUCUCAUUGACUGUUCAAGAUUUUGAUGUGGGCAACACCCUUCGACUUGGAUUAUCAGGUCUGGUGCUAAUUUUGAUUCUGGUCAUUGCAAGAAUGCUUUUCUAGAAAUCACUACAAGAUUCAUCAGAACUGAGGCCACCCUGUAAAGCACAGCCAUCGUCUUUGUCGUCACCACAUCUGAGAGCAGGCAGACCAACGCCUGCAUCACAAGUUUUUACACGCCACCUGAGACUCCAGGCGUCGUACACCUCAAAUCUGUCAGCCUUGUGUCUUCUCCAGCUGAUUGCAUUGCAUAACACGGGUGAUGGCUACCAGAAAAUCACAGUGCAAACAAACAAAAGAUUAAACUGGACUUGAACUUGAAUGUAAACUACAUUUUCUAAAAUGUUAUUUGGCUUCAGGGACAUUUGCUGCAAUAUCUGUAAGUUCCAGUUUUGCAUGUCUGCAUGGCUUUCCCUGUUGUUGACAUGUUUUAUAUGCAAAUCAAUUCAUUUUUGCUUUUAAAUAAACUAAUAAAGAACAUGAUGUGA